GGCUGUUGUUUUCAGAUGAAGGUAUAAGAAGUCAGGGAGGCAGGAGGCCGGCAGCUGCCUGUACUCUGUGAUGGCUGAAACCCUGGAGACUCAACACGCCAAGCAGGCCUCACAGAUCCAGAGCCAGGUGAAGUACAAAGAGGACGUGCAGAAGGAUUUGUCGUCCGCUCUGUUUUCCAGCCUUCCUCAAACCCUCCAGACGGAGCUGGCCAAGGAGGUGACGGAGCUGCAGAGCCAGGUGAAAUAUAAAGAGGGCUGUAAGAAGGAGGCGGCGUCCUCCCUCUAUCGCCUCCUCCCCGAGACGCCAGAGAUGCAUUUUGCCAAACAGAUGUCAGAGAUCCAGAGCGAGGUUCAGCUUUUCUCUGAUCGCUCUCUGAAAGCUUUCUCUCUCCUUUCUCUCAGCGCUGUGUUUUUAAAGUGUUUGGUCAUUUGUUCUUCUCUUAAGGCAAAGUAUAAGAAGGAUAAAGAGGAUCUGCCCGUCACGCUGCACUCUCUGCUGCCUGAGACUCUGCAGACUCAGUUUGUUAAAGAGAUGGCUGAGACACACAGCGAGGUGAAGUAUAAACAGGCGGGGAAGCAGCAGGCGGCGUCUCUUUACUCCAAACUGCCUGAAACUCUGGAGACCAAACACGCCAAGGAAGUGACUGAGCUGCAGAGUGAAAAAAAGUACAAAGAUGAAGGGAGGAAGGAGAUGACGUCGUCUCUGUACUCUCAGCUCCCUGAAACUGCAGAGACCCAGUUCGCCCGGGAGAUGACUGAGAUCCAGAGUGAGAACAAGUAUAAAGAAAGUGGGAAGAGGAGUCAGACUGUCUGUGUUUACUCCCAGCUGCCAGAGACCAACGAAAUCCAGUUCGCCAAAGCUGUUUCUGAAAUACAAAGCGAGACCAAAUAUAAAGAAGCAGGGAAGAAGGAAGUGUCCAGCUGUCUGUACUCCAAGCUGCCUGAGACUCUGGACACUCUGCACGCUAAAGAGGUGUCCCAGCUGCAGAGUCAGGUGAAGUAUAAACAGGAGAGUAAGAAGGAGGCCAGAGGCUCUCUGUAUCAUCAGCUGCCUGAGACCACAGAGACACAGCAGGCUAAAGAGCUGAGAGAUCUUUACAGUGAGGUGAAGUACAAAGAGGAGGGUAAGAAGGAGAUCAGUAAGAACCUGUACUCGCUCCUCCCCGAGACGCCAGAGACACAGUUUGCCAAGCAGAUGUCAGAGAUACAGAGCGAGGCAACAUACAAGAAGGAUAAAGAGGAUCUGCCCGUCACGCUGUACUCUCUGCUGCCUGAGACUCUGCAGACUCAGUUUGUUAAAGAGAUGGCUGAGACACACAGCGAGGUGAAGUAUAAGGAAGCAGGAAGGAAGGAGGCCAGCAGCGCUCUGUACCACCGUCUGCCUGAGACUCUGGAGACGCAGCGUGUUAGAGAGGUCACUGAGCUCCAGAGCGAGAACAAGUACAAGGAGAGCGGGAAGAAGUCGAUGUCGUCCAGUUUGUACGCUCAGCUGCCGCAGACGGCCGAGACGCAGCUCGCUGCCAAGAUGUCGGAGCUGCACAGUGAGAGUAAAUAUAAAGAGGACGGGAUGAAGAGCCUGUCUCAGAGUUUCUACUCUCAGCUGCCAGAGACCGCCGAGACUCAGUUCGCCAGAGCUGUGUCUGAGCUGCAGAGUGAGGCCAAGUACAAGGAGGCGAGCAGGAAGGAGACGACCAGCUGUCUGUACCACCAGCUACCUGAGACACUGGACACUCAACAUGCUAAAGAGGCAACUGAGCUGCAGAGUCAGGUGAAGUACAGGGAGGGUAAGAAAGAGCUGAGCACCAACCUGUACUGUCUGCUGCCUGAGACCGAGGAAAUGAAGUUAGCUAAAGCCGCCAUGGAGCUUCAGAGUGAGAACAAAUACAAGCAGAAAGGCAGGCAGGAGAUCAGCAGCAGUGUUUUCCACCAGAUGCCAGAGACCAAAGAGACUGAGUUUGCUAAGCAGAUCUCUGAACUUCAGAGUGAGACAAAGUAUAAGAAGGAUAAAGAGGAUCUGCCCGUCACGCUGUACUCUCUGCUGCCUGAGACUCUGCAGACUCAGUUUGUUAAAGAGAUGGCUGAGACACACAGCGAGAGUAAAUAUAAGCAGGCUGGGAAGAAGGAGCUGGUUAACAGUCUGUAUUCUCUGCUGCCUGAGACCAAAGAAACGCAGCAUGCCAAGGAGCAAACGCAGCUGUGCAGCGAGAAAGCGUACAGAGAGGAGGGGAAGAAGGAGGCCGGCUGCAGUCUGUACGCUCAGAUGCCCCAGACCAUCGAGACGGUCUUCGCUAAAGAGCUGACCAAGACCCAGAGCGACAAGUUUUAUAAGGAGCAGUAUAAUCGGGAGAAGGGGAAGUCCAGCUACACCAACAUGAAGACGCUGCCUGAGGUGGAGCACGCCAUGGAGGUCAACAAGAACCAGAGCGAUGUCAGCUACAGGAAAGGCAAAGAAGAGCUCCAUCACUACAACACAGUGCCAGACAGACCCGACAUCGUCAACGCCACCAACGCUGCGAAACUGGCCAGUGACGUGGCCUAUAAGAGUAACACUAAGCAGCCUGUUUACAGCGACGGCUCUUUGUUGGCCAGAACUGAUAUCCAGCACGCCAAGGAGGUUUCAAAGCUGUCCAGCCAGGUGAAGUAUAAGGAGAGCUCUGACAGGCUUUUAAAGGGCCAGAGGCCUCGUUACAACCCACUCGACUGUCUCUCCUUCAAACACACACAAGCUGCUGCUGCUCUGGCCAGUCAGGUGAAGUAUAAGACCAACCAGAACCAGAGACCAGAAGGAUCCUCAGACCUGCCGAACCUCCUGCAGCUGGAGCACGUCCUGCACGCCAGCAAACUGCAGAGCAACGUGGAGUACAAGAAGAAGUACGAGCAAACGAAAGGCCACUACCACGUCGCUCUGGACACGGCUGAACAGCUCCACCACAGGGAGAACGCAGUGCUGCACAGCCAGGUGAAGUACAGGGAGGAGUAUGAGAAGAACAAAGGUCGCUCUCAGAUGGAGUUUGGAGAGACGGAGACGUACAGAGUGUCGAAGGAAGCGCAGAAGAUGCAGAGCGAGAGGGAGUAUCGGAGGGACUAUGAGGAGCAGAUGAAGGGGAAAGCCUUGGUGGACGUGGACCAGACGCCUGGAUACCUGACAGCACGCCAUGCCAGCAGCCUGCUGAGCGAGAAGGAGUACAGGAAAGACCUGGAGCAGGAAGUGAAGGGGCGUGGUUUGUCCGGCAUCGGGCUGGAGGAAACACCAGAGCUGCUGAGGGUUAAAAAAGCCAAUCAGAUACUGAACCAGAAGGAGUACCGCAGGGACCUGGAGACAGAGAUUGUGGGCAAAGGCAUGGAGCUGAGCGCUGACGUCCUGGACAUACAGAGAGCCAAGAGAGCGUCAGAGAUCCAGAGCCAGAGGUCUUACAGGCAGACGGAGCAGCUCCGAGAAAACUCCUACGGGACAGUUACAGACACUCCUGAACUGCUGCAUGCAUCCUACCUCAGAGACGUCUACAGUCAGAAGAAGUAUAAGGACGAGGCCGAGCGGCUGAAGGGCAGUUACAGUCUCGUAUCUGAAACCCCAGAGAUGGAGAGAGUCAAAGCCAACCAGAGACACAUCAGCUCUCUGCGGUACUGCUGGGACUCCAAGCUCAUGAGAGGCCUGAUGUCCUCAGUCACGGAGACGCCGGAGAUCGUCCUCGCCAGAGAGAACGCCAAGAGGAUCAGUGAUGUCCAGUACAGAGAGGAAGUGGGUCGUGGCACCGCCGUCAUGGACACACCUGAGAUGGAGCGAGUCCGACGCAACCAGGAGAACAUCAGCUCGGUUAAAUACAGGCAGAGUGCAGUGAAGGCCACCAGCGUCGGCUCGACCCCGGAGCUGGAGAGAGUCCGACAGAACCAGGAGAACAUCAGCUCGGUGAGGUAUCAGCGCGGGCUGCAGGAGGUGAGGGGGCGGAGCUGCACCGAGCUGGACACACCUGAGUACAGGCGCGUCAGGAGGACGCAGGACUCUGUCUCCAUGGUAGCGGCCAGGUUGCCGUGGCUCCCACCUGGGCUGUGGGAGGAUGAUAUCCACUCUGAUGUGUAUGUGUGCGCUGGUUUUGCUGCUCAACAGGCCAAGUACCACGAGGACUUUGAGCGGGCGCGCGGCCGAGGCUGUACGCCGGGACUGGACGAUCCCAGCAUGGAGCGCUACCAGCGAGCCAAUCAGAUGAUGGGAGAGGCGGGCUACAGCAAAGGCAUCCACUCCCAGGGGAUGGAGAUGGACAGACGACCAGGAGGGAUCAUUGUAGCUCCCGUCCUUCCAGGAGCGUACCAUCAGGGCGUCCAGAUGCAGCAUCAGCAGCAGUAUCACGGUUACAUGCACCAAACCAGCAUGUCAUCUGUCAGAUCCGUCACCUCCCCGCCACACUCAGCCACCAUGCGUGUUUACCGGGCGCUGUACGACUACGCAGCUCAGGACCACGACGAGGUCUCGUUCAGGGACGGCGACGUCAUCAUCAACGCUCAGCCCAUCGACGAGGGCUGGAUGUACGGCACCGUGCAGAGAACCGGCAAGUCCGGCAUGCUGCCGGCAAACUACGUGGAGUGCUGCAACUAAAGGACGGAGGGAGGAGAGGAGAGAGGGAGUGGAGAUGGAGGUCAGGCAGGGGUGAAAGUUAGAGGAAAAAAAUCAAAAAUCAGACGUCACUGAUGUUCUCUGCAUUUCAAGGUUAUUUGGCUGUUUGGUGUUUGUUUCUUCUUCCUGUGGAAAACUCACAUACAAAGUGACGUCACGUCCAGAUGUUUUCAGCAGCUGUUUGAGAGGAGAGAAUCACUCUGAACAGUCAGUAUCAACAGAUAAAAGACCAGGAUGCAGCAACAAGACAAGGUCUCUAACUUGUUACUGAAAGGCAUUUUGGGAAACGUAGUCCAUCACCAACUAAAGGAGAAGUUGUGUAAAUAGAUUGACUCAGAUAUUCUUCAGCACAGAAUAACUGCUGGAAUACACUGAACAUCACAGGCUGAUAUCAGGUCACAGAAGGUGUGAGGGAGGAGGAGGAAGGAAGCAGGUGGAGGAAUAAAUCUAGCAUGCUGUCCAUAAGUUAUGUCACAUUUUAGGGAAUGACAGAGGAGGGAUGCAUGAAGAAAGGAGGAAGGAACGAUUAGAAACAUCUGUCACUUCACUGUAGAGGAGGCAAGAAAAGACAGGAGCGUAGACUUCCUCUAAAUCCUUCAGUAUUAGAACCAGAGGAAGGAAGGAGGGAGGUUUAUCCACUGGUUCACAUUCAAACUGAAUAUGAAUAAAAUCAAAGAUAAAGUUCAAACAGGUGGAAGUUCAGUCUGAUUAUCAGGCUGGGAAGUUUACAAGAACAAGUUUAGUGAUGUUUAAUGUUUUCUUCUUGUUAACUGAAAAUGAACAGAUCAGAACCUAACUACACACACCAGAGCACCAAAUGUGGAUUCAUCCGCUGCUGAAAAUAGUCCCUAACAAAUGCAGGAAAUCACUGAGCUUUUAUUUCAAAAUAAAAAUAGAUGUCUGUGAAGAUUUGAGCCUCAGUAGCAGCAGAUCUGGGUUGUUGGUUUUUGUUGACAGAAGGAAACUACAGAAUAUCACCAGACUUAUUCUUUAAGAAAAGGAGCAGAGGAAAGAAACAAGGAAGGAAAAAAGUUUAGAUCUGACGUCUGUCUUUAAGAGAUGAGUGAGGAACGAGGGAUGAACUCGAAGCGAUGUCACCAAAGGAAGGAGGGAGGACAGAGGGACGAGUGGAGGAAUUAAAGACAGUAACAGGUUUAAAGAUCUCUGGAGCUGAAUGAUUUAUUUAUGUGUAGUUUAGUUCUGACUUGUGAUUUAGUCCUCUCCAGAAAGAGACCGAUCACAGGGCACAGCUUCAGUUUAAACAGCAGCACUAACCUCGGUGUUUGUAAAGGAAUUAACUAACACACUGUGUCUUUCUGUUUCUCCUAUCAAAUCAUUUCUUUUUCUUCUUAUUAUUAUUGUUAUUUUAACUCUAAAUAAAGGUUUUCACAUCGUGUGCUGUCCAGGUAACUGCAGCGUCGCCUCCACACACACAGUAACAGUUAAUGUGGACUGAAACCUGAACAGACUGUUUGAUUCACGGCUCCUGUCUGUGCUUUGAAAGCUGUCGUUCACUCUCUGACCUGUGUGUAUCCAGUACGUCGUGUUGUUAGAGUUGGUCGUCUCGCUGUGUGGAUCGCAUCCCGGUCACGUUCUGAAUAAAAACUUCACUCGGCCACGAGCUGUCGAUUCCAGCUGGAGAGCAUUUUGCAUUUUGUGUGUAUGAUUUCAUAAAUAGAUGCAGCAGAAUAUAAUUUACUGAGUAUUGGUAUGUUAACUGUGUUGGUUUGGGAAGAGGCUUGGUGUUAUUUUCUACAUUCUCUUGCAUUGAGGAGUUUUGGCUGAUUUAGUCUGUAUGUCAUCACAGAUUAUACUGAGUUUAUUUACAUUUUAUUUCAGAUUCUAUAUCACUCACUCUCAGUUCUGUUCUUUUGCCACAUGGUUAUUGCAGUGUGUUACAUAUGGGAGAAAUAAAAACCAAUGAAACAGAAA